AAAAUAAUCGGUGAGGAUAGUGGUAAAAAUAAAUUGGUUUCAUUUGCUAGAUCUGAUGUCAGGCCAGUGUCAGCAAAUAUAUGAGUAUUUCUGACAGACAUUCGCCUAGUUGGCACAAAACUGCCCGCUAAAUGUGGAAACCCGUGUCACCUCUCCCAGCCCGCCGCCCCAGUGAGCCUCACUCACGAGAGGGCCGCUCCCGGGUAGUAGGGUAUCCAUCUGCUCCACGCGCCACCCACACCGGAGACAUGACAGCAGCAUCUAUUCUCAGGAGGCGACUAGGUCCUACAACUUUCAACGUGAAUAUCUGCUGAGAUUACAGCAAGUUAUUCGAGUGGAUUCACUGCUUGUCUAGCUGUGACACGCACACGCACCUCUUUAAUUUAGCCAGACGGGCUACAUCUUUGGGAAGUUGUCAUACUCAGCACGCGCCCAAUUGGGAGAGAGGACCACUGGUGCAGAAGAUGUAAAACUUCGCGUUACCGUCUGUUUGCUGCUGUUGUUGACUAAAGACAAUGACCGUUACCUACACCAGUAAGGUCGCCAAUGCCACGUUUUUUGGCUUUCAUAGACUUUUAUUGCGAUGGAGAGGCAGCAUCUACAAAUUGCUGUAUCGGGAGUUCCUCGUUUUUGCACUUUUAUAUACCAUAUUAAGUAUCAUAUACAGGCUAGUCCUGACGGAGUCCCAGAAGCGGUUCUUUGAAAAGGUGUCCAUAUACUGUGAUAAAUACGCAGAACAGAUCCCAGUCACGUUUGUCCUGGGGUUCUAUGUAACACUGGUGGUGAACCGCUGGUGGAACCAGUUCCAGAACCUUCCGUGGCCGGACCGGCUGAUGUUCCUGAUCUCCAGCUGCGUGCAGGGACGUGACGAGCACGGCCGUUUGCUGCGGCGAACGCUGAUGCGCUACGUCAACCUCACCUCGCUGCUCAUCUUCCGCUCCGUCAGCACCGCCGUCUGCAAACGCUUCCCCACCAUCGACCACGUGGUGGAGGCAGGCUUUAUGACUGCCGAGGAGAGGAAGAUGUUUGAAAACCUGAAGUCUCCGCACAUGAAGUACUGGAUCCCCGUAGUGUGGUUCACAAACUUAGCCUUCAAAGCCCGCAAGGAGGGACGCAUUACAGACAAUGUGGACCUCCAGCACAUCCUUGCUGAGAUGAACAAGUUCAGGACCUGGUGCUCUACUCUGUUUGGCUAUGACUGGGUGGGGAUCCCACUUGUCUAUACUCAGGUUGUGACGUUAGCAGUGUACACAUUCUUCGUGGCCUGCCUUAUUGGACGUCAGUUCCUCGACUCCAGCCAAGGUUAUCCAGGUCAUGACCUUGACCUCUACGUGCCCAUCUUCACCUUGCUGCAGUUCUUCUUCUACUCCGGCUGGCUCAAGGUGGCAGAGCAGCUCAUCAAUCCUUUUGGAGAGGAUGAUGACGACUUUGAGACCAACUGGUGCAUUGACAGAAAUCUACAGGUAUCUCUAAUGGCUGUGGAUGAGAUGCAUAUGAACCUGCCUCCCAUGACUAAAGACAUGUACUGGAAUGAGGCUGAUGUGAGGCCGCCCUACACUGUGGCCUCUGCCGACUACUGCAUCGCUUCCUUCCUCGGCUCCACCACAGACUUGGGGCUGUCGGAGAUCUUCCAGGCCGAGGAGACGGAUCCCCAUGGGCUGCGGCGGCAGGAGACAGUGCUGGGCCGCGUCCGUCGCCUGCUGAGCGUGCAGGAGCAUUCUGACCGGUCGCACCCGCGCCCCGCUUUCAAGCGCCACAGCAGUGACAUCCCCAGCUUUCUCCCCUUCGUGGCGGACCACCGUGUCCACCCAGGGGGGCCAGAGGACGCCCCGAUGCCACCCAAGCCCCCCCACGCUGGUCCGCACUCCCAUCCCCACCCUCACCUCCUCAGUCCUCAUCUGCUGGACACACUGGCUACCCUUCAAGAGGUCAACAGCACCCCUUCCUCCCCCGAUACAGACGUCCACUCCCCGCCCUUCACUGAUGUGCCUGAGGUGGUCAUCAGCGCACCCACCUCGACCGGUAACUAUGACAACAGUGCAACUGAGACAACAUCGCUUUCAGAGGCCGCACCAAAAACUUACAGCAGCAGUAAUGAUGCUCCCCUAAGUCCAGAGCAAGCCCUGAAGCCUGAGGCUCAGGUAGAAGACGACCCCGGCGAAGAGGUCCCAGGAGCGGACACACCUGUCUGUUACAGCCCCACGCGCAUAGGGCCCCGCAAGUUUCACUGGACCACGCCAGCCGACCACAUGCGGAAGCGGCAGCUGUCCUUCCAGCUGUCCCGCCAAGGCUCCAGGAGCUCGCUCCACAGCCUGCCCAGCCCACGCGUGCUGGGCCGACACAGGGGUCAGCACGGCCGUCAGCACGGCCCCUCGCCCCUGGAGACCCCACAGCAGGAGGACCACCCUGGGGUCCCCGAGACGCUCUAGAGCCGCAGGGCACAGAGAGAGAGAGGAACAACUGCUAGAACCAAGACAAUAACAAGAGCUUUUACAGUUCCUCCCAGGGCACAGAGAGACAGAGAGAGAGAGGAACAACUGCUAGAACCAAGACAAUAACAAGAGCUUUUACAGUCCCUCCCAGGGCACAGAGAGACAGAGAGAGAGAGGAACAACUGCUAGAACCAAGACAAUAACAAGAGCUUUUACAGUCCCUCGCAGGGCACAGAGAGACAGAGAGAGAGAGGAACAACUGCUAGAACCAAGACAAUAACAAGAGCUUUUACAGACCCCUGUGGCUUGUCUGCAAAAACAAUAUCAUUUACAGGGAAGCCUGGAACUUAAUUGCACAUCGCAGUGAACUUUGAAGUCUAAUGUGUGUGUAAUAGCAGGGGAUUGCCAGAGCAACGAACAUAAAUAAACUACAGCUCUUGCCCAGAGAAUCGAGUGUGCUGAAUCUUACUGUGUAAUGUCCUGUACAAUGGACUUUCAGUUCAAACAAGCAGAAUAGUUGGAGUUUAUGCUCCCUAAGCCUUGAUCUUUCACAUUUGAAUGACUGCCAGUUUUGUUAAUUUUAUAUAUUAUGUUGAAUAUUCAGAAGAUGCUGGAAAUGUGAUGCUUUGCCGUUUUAACAGCGUUGCGGUAGUUGUGCUUCCUGCCUUUAUUCUUGACAUGGCACAGUCAUUAAACGUAUACGUAGUGCACAGUCAUUAAACAUAUAUGUAGUGCACAGUCAUUAAACGUAUAUGUAGUGCACAGUCAUUAAACGUAUAUGUGCACAGUCAUUAAACAUAUAUGUAGUGUGCAGUCAUUAAACGUAUGUGUGCACAGUCAUUAAAAGUAUAUGUAGUGCAGUCAGUAAACGUACUGUAUAUGUAGUGCACAGUCAUUAAACGUAUAUGUGCUCGUUCCAUGAUUGUAAUGAAAUUACUGAUAUUGGGAUGCCUUACAAAUGCUCUCUGAUAAAGUGUGCAGUCUCAGAUGGUCAUAAUGAGAUACAAGUUCUCUCCAUAAACUACCAAGCUUCUAGAAUCAAUAUAUCACUCUAUAUAAGUGUAUGAGCCAUAUUCAUUUUGUAUUAUUUUAUUUAAUUUUGCUCGGUGCCACUAGGGGGCUGUAUGUGCUUUGUGGCUCAGCCGACCUCGGGUCAGCCCAGGUAGGCCAUUUAACCUACAGGAAACCCAGACGCAGGUGUUGCUAAUUUGGGAAGCAAACAGUUUUCGACUGUGCCUUUGUGCCUAUGUGCAUAUGUGCUAGCCUUUGUGGUGAGCAAUUCGGUUUGUUAUUUUGGUUACAUGUAUUAUGAGUUAAAGUUAUUGCCGCUGUAUGAUAUAUGGAUGUAAAAUAAACCUGCGAGAUAAUUGUAACAAUUA